AUGCAGAGAGAGGGAGGAAAGGACAAGGAAAGAAGCAGGAGGCAGCGAGAUUCCUCUUGGGCAAAGCUGGUGGCUCGACAGAUUAGCCGCCGAGGGGGAUGCUGGCGGGCGCAUCAUUGGCUCAGCGCAAAGGCCCCAACGGUGCAUGAGGGGCAGCUCUCCGCGAAUUAUCAGUCGGAAAUGGUUGAUCUCCUCCUUCACGGUCCUGCAGGUUUGGCCUUCCCUGAACCAUGCGAUACCCCAGGGUUGCAUGUGGCUGCUACUAGCACCAGGUCUGGCUGUGUGUCGCUUUUCCAACUGCCGGUGGAGACCC